AGGGCCAUUUCAGGUUGAUCCCUCAUUCUCCUUUCCCAGAAGGCAGGAUGGAAGAUGUUUUCAUUACCACUAUAUGUAUAGGAGACUGCAAGAGCUACAAGUUGGUUAAAGAGGGACUGUCAGACUGGAUGAACAUUGGAUCCCUGUUGAAAGCCCAUGAAAACAGCCCUGAUCACACCAAGCACAUGGUCACAUGGAAAGAACUGGAGCUUCGACUUAGGAAAGGCAAAACAAUUGACCAGGUAGAAAUGUCACUCAUAGAAGCAUCACGAAAACACUGGAGGGAGAUUCUCAGGCGGCUGAUUGCCAUUAUUCAGUCAUUGGCUGAAAGAAACCUGGGUCUCAGGGGAACUGUUGACACGUUGCACAGUCACAAUAAUGGCAACUUCUUAAAAGAGGUGGAACUUUUAGCCAAGUUUGACCCAGUCAUGAGGCAACAUGUUAACCAAAUUGAAAGUGGAACGUAUUCAUAUUCCACCUACUUAGGCAAAACAAUUCAGAAUGAAGUGAUUACAUGCAUCAGUGACAAAAUUAUGGAGACAAUGGUGGCUGAAAUUAAACAGUCCAAAUAUUAUGCCAUAAUUUUGGAUUGUACCCCAGAUCUCAGCCACCUGGAGCAGAUGUCUAUUGUGAUCAGAACAGUGAAGUUGGGAGAAGCACCUGAGAUCAAGGAGCACUUCUUGGGCUUUCUGACUGCACCAGAAACCACAGGACUUGGGUUGUCUAAUCUCAUUUUGAACAGGCUGGAAGAACUGAACAUUCCCUUCAGUAACUGCAGAGGACAAUCAUAUGACAACGGUGCAAACAUGAAGGGCAAAAACAAAGGAGUGCAAGCAAGGCUUUUGGAAAAGAACCCACGUGCCCUGUAUGUCCCCUGUGGGGCUCAUACUUUGAAUCUUGUUGUGGCUGAUGCAGCCAAGAAUUCUAUAGACGCAACCAGUUUCUUUGGCAAUGUGCAGAAGAUUUACAAUCUAUUCUCAGCUGCUACCCAGAGAUGGUCCAUUUUGAAACAUCAUGUCACCAUUACUGUAAAGUCCUGGAGUGAGACAAGGUGGGAGAGUCGUGUCAACAGCAUUAUUCCCUUGCGCUACCAAGCAUCUGGCAUAAGGGAUGCAUUGCUAGAAGUCAGGGAAAAGGCAACAGAUGUCAUCACAAAAGUUGAAGCACAAUCUUUGGCAGAGGAGGUUGGGUCAUACAGAUUCCAAAUCUGCACAGUUGUGUGGCACGACAUCCUUUCCAUGAUCGACAGAACCAGUAAGCUACUGCAGUCUCCCAAAAUGCAGCUGGAUGUGGCAGUCAAUCUGCUGGAGAGUACUAAGAGCCAUCUCUUGAGCUACAGAGACAAUGGCUUUGCUGCUGCACAAGCUUCUGCAAAAGAUGCAUGUGAGGAAAUGCAUGUCGACGCUGUACUGAAGGAGAAGAGACUGCGAAGCACAAAGACUCACUUUGCUUAUGAAUCACCAGAUGAACCAGUCAAGGAUGCCCUGAAGAGGCUGAAGACCACAUUUUUUAAUGUGAUAGUGGACUCUGCUAUUACAGCUUUGGAUGAUAGGUUUGAAACACUUGGACGAGUUGAAAGCAAGUUUGGGGUGCUGCAGAACUUCUCAGCCUUGGAUGAGGAAGCACUGAAGAAACAAUGUGAGGAGCUUGAGAAUACAUUGAGGAUUGGAGGGGAAGCUGACAUUGAUGGAAGAGAGCUGGCCAUGGAAAUCAGGAACCUUCCUCAGUUACCCACAAACAGGAUGUCUGCAUUUGAACUGCUGGACUUCUUCCACAAGAAAGAACUGACAGAGUUGUAUCCAAAUCUUUGGAUAUCCCUCAGGAUUGCCUGUACCCUGCCAGUGACAGUGGCAUCUGCUGAAAGAAGCUUUUCAAAACUUAAGCUGAUAAAGACAUACCUGCGAUCAUCAAUGGCACAAGACCGCCUCACAGGACUUGCCAUCAUUAGUAUAAACCAUGAGGUUGGCAAACAGGUGUCCUACGAGAAUGUCAUUGAUGAUUUUGCUUCAAGAAAAGCAAGGAGGCAGCGAUUUUGAGAUCUCUCUUGCUGAUGUUGGUGAAAGGAGCCUAUAGCUGUUCUUUUCUUAAAACAUCAAUAGUUAACACUUUUCACUAUUUCACUUUUUAUUUUAAAUUCUUUGCACUGUUAUACAAUAGUUUUAUUUAAUAUUUAUUUGUUAGAAUAUUUUAGCUGAAACAGGUGUUCAU